GAAGAGUUCAGCCGUUGUGAUUGUUGUUCUGCUCGCCCGUUCGCAGUCGCCGUCGCCUUUUUGUCGGUCGUCGAGGUUCCUGCGAAAAUGACAAAAUGUGGAUCUUGUGUGUGUGUGUGUUUUUUUUAUUUUGAACUUUUGACCCGUACGCAAGCAGGUCAUAAAAAUGAUUAACGUGCUUGACAAAGUUUAUUUAAAUGCACGUGGGCUACAUGAAUAGUGUAAACCGGAGCAAAGGACAAGUGUGAAGAGCAAAUAGCAUAGCGCCCAAGUAAAAUAAAAAUAAAUGUGUAUACAAAUACGGAGAAAACAAAAGCAAAGCAAAGCAACAAAACAGUGUCCGUCCAGCUUACUUAUUUUUAAACAAAAGCAACAAAAGAGUAAAUGAACUAAAUACCAAAGUUAAAUAGCUGCAGCAGCAAAACCAACAACAACAGCAACAACAACAACAAGAGCAAUAACAACAGUUGCGCCAACGAGUGAGACCGUUGCUCAAAAUUGGCCAUUGGCAGGCCACAGACACGCACACACAUACAGUCACACACACAUAUAACGAAAUGCGCUGCCUUUUGCCGCAGUCAUAAAAUAAUCAAGCAAAGACAGAAAGCUUUGACAAGCAGAGGCAGCAGCAGGAGCAGCAGUCAAGCAGAUUUGUGAGCGUAGGUACAAAUUGUUGUCGUCAUAUGUGUGGUGUAUGCUGCUGCUGACGAAACAUCUCCGCUGGGACGCAUAAAGCAAUUAGCAAAGGUUGUCAGAGGACGACAACGGAGCGAGCACGCCGGGACAGGAGAGCGGGAGAGCGACGCACGCUGGCCAGGAUUUGUAUGAGGAUGAAAUGCGUGAUGUGGUCGCAUCCCUGGGAUAUAUUUAGCCUAAUUGCGCGACAGGCAACGCACACACUCAGCAGCAGCAUCAGCAACAGCAACAGCAGGCAUGAAGCUCCUGCCCAUCGCCUGCAGGACACGCUGUGAGAGAUAACGGAGAUGGAGAAGGCAAAGCGCAACAACAAACGUAACAACAACAACAACAGCAACAAAAAGCAAGCAAAGGCUAGAAACGAAACUCGACUCUCCCUGUGAUAUAACUGCACCGUAGUUGUAAUCGUUAUAUAUUUAAAAUUUAGCUAUUAAUUAUCGGAAAACGUUACGCGAUCAAUAGCUUAAAAUAAUAUUAAGUUCAGCACAAGCAAGGGCAAACCAAAAGCCCAAAGGAUAUAUACUAUAUAUAGUUAAUAUAUUUAUAACUAUAACUACACCUGCUGCCUCCCACAUAACAUUGCUGCUCCAAUUUUUUGAUUACCUCUGCUUGCCUCCGCCUCCGCCGCAGUCGCAGUCACAGUCGCAGUCGCCGCAGCUGAAGCCAGACCCUGCGCCAUUUUAGUCGUCGACCAAUCAUUACACCACUAAGUGCUCCAAUUAGCCAGCCAACAGCAUGGGAGAUGAGGCAGACAAACGCACCACCAAGGAGAAACUGCUCUUCUAUACGACGGCAUUCUUUAUACUCCUUGGCACAUUCAGUUUGUUUGCGUUUCUCUUUCUUGUGCCUUUUGUGAUCGAGCCGGCCUUUACCACCAUCUUCAUGCAGUUCGAGGAGGUGCCAGCGCUCUGCGAGACCUACGACACAGAGAUCUACUACGGUGCCAAGAACUGUUCGUGGUCAUCGUGUCGUGAGGGCUGCACCAAGGAUAUCUACACCUGCACGCAGAUACGGGUUAACUAUCGACUGAAUCUGUAUAAUUUUACGGACGAGUUCAAUUUUACAGAGUACCACAUAAACCUGAAGGAGGCGGAACGUUUUAUACCGCCCGUUAAACGCACGGAUCGCUAUGAACGUGCGCUCAGGGAUUACGAGUAUGAUAAUUUAGGUGGCAGCGAUGGCACCGCCUUAGAUUUAGAUGUGGAUAGCACGGGCUCUAUGGUUGGUGGGCGCUUCGAGCAGUUAAAUUUUGGCGAUGCCGAUGGCUCCAAUGGUUUUCUCAUUGAGGAUUCCGAUGAUGGACACGCCGCGAACACGCUGCUCAACGAGCGCCGUCCCUUUGAUGAGAUCUCGGAGCUUAACGAGGGACUCAUGGGCAAUAACUCCAUCUACUUUUAUGUGGGUGCGCGGCUGUUUCCCAAUGUCAAGGGCUGUGGCUAUCCGCCCAUGCUCAACUGCACCAUUUGGCUGCGGCGCUACACUAAGAUUGGCAUCAAGUUUCCCUGCUACUACUCCAAGGUGGAUCCCAGCCUGGUCAUCAGUGAUCUGGACUAUUGGCAGAACACACUAAAUCUGGUGUACUCCAUGGCCAUACCCAUACCCUCGUUCAUCAUCUCGGUCAUCUAUCUGACAUAUGCGUACUUUAAGAUCUACAACGAGGACGAGGAGACGGCGCCGCUGGAUAAAAAUGCCGAGGACAUUGAUGGCAUCGAUGAUGACAUUGAUGCUGUCGAUGACAGCGAUGGCGCCGUGCUGGCCGACAAUGCCGCCGGCAGCCAAAUUGUCAACAUGGAUUCCAUGACAAACGACAGCUGCUUGGAAGGUGUGCUGCCAAACGGCGGCCCCGGCAUGACCAGAUGCAUAUCGCAGGGUGGUUCAAUUACCACAUCUGGGCAUUAUAUAGCCCAAUCUCCAGCGGGCUCUCAAAUGACGCCCAAUUCGGAAAUAAAUUCAUUUGGCCAUCAGCUGAAAGUGCAAAUGGCUGAUGAAUUAUCCAGGGAUUCUUUAGAGAACGGCGUUAUCUCUACGUCGAACUCAGUGCAAGGAAACUUGAGCAAGACGAUGACGACGAGUAUCUCAACUCCACCUGGGCCGACAGCGGCAGUCUGAAACGUCAGGCGCAUGGUCUGGAGAAUGUUAGAUUCCGAUUCGGAAAAUGAACCGCUGCUGGAGUCCUAAUACAGCUCGCCCAAAUAGUUGAAUAUGGACACAAAAUACAGCGGACGGUUCACGGAGUGCAGCGACAAAAUUAAAACAACAACAACAUCAACAACGGAGCAAGCAACUAAAAACCCCAAGUAUUUCUAACCAAAACAAUCGACAACAAUGCAUAAGAAUGCGUACCGAACCUGAAUACCUUUGGAGCUGUUAGAGACAUUUAAAUCUAUAGAUUAUAUUUAAACUAAAUACUCUCACUCACUAAUACACACUCACUCGGCCACACAAAUAGACAUUUUUUCAAUCACAGUCACCAAUAUUCUGCUAGUUGGAAAGAUUAUUUCAUAUAAGCUUAACACACAUUCAAAAUUACAAUACACGCAUUAGUUUAACUAAAUAUACAAAAUGAUAUGAUAUAUUAUAUUAUAUACAUACAUUUACGAUAUGCUACACAUACAUUCAUAUUUAGGGACACAGAGAAUGCCGCUUCACGCAAGGACACUCUUGGGGAGAGAAAGAGAGUGUUAGUGUUACUUUAAUU